GUUUGAAUAACAUGUUCAGAGAAAUGGAAGCAGGAGGGAAGAUAUCUUGGUUGGAGGAUGAACUCUCAUGUCCAAUAUGCCAGGAUAUCUUCACGAACCCUGUUUCUCCCCCAUGUCAACACAACUUCUGCUGCGCUUGCCUGAUGAGCUAUUGGAAGAAGAAGGGAAGCUACGAGUGUCCAGUUUGUAGAGAGACUUAUUCUACCAAUGAUUUAAAAUGGAAUCGUACAUUGGCCAACAUUUCUGAGUCAUUCCUCAAAGAGUUUACAAAGAAACAGGAGAUGGAAAAAGCAGGCUGUCUCUGUCGUCAACACAACGAGGUGCUGAAACUCUUCUGUCAGGAGGACCAGGAGGUGAUGUGUGUUGUUUGUCUACACUCAAGGAGGCAUGAAAGCCAUAAAUGUCACCCUUUGGAGGAAGCAACUAAAGAAUCCAAGGAAGAGCUGAAGAUCUUGAUGAAGUCCCUAAAAUCUAAGUUGGAGAAAUUCAGUGAUGUUAGAAAUGAAUAUCAGCUAAAGUUAAAGCAUAUUAAAAGCCAAGCUUUGGGAACUGAGAAACAAAUCAAACAGGAAUUUCAGAAGCUUCACUCUUUUCUUCACAAUGAAGAGAAGACGCUGAUGAAAAAUCUCCGGAAGGAGGAAGAACGUCAUGUUCAGUUAAUGAGGCAAAAAAUGAAGGAAGUCUCUGAGGGAAUGUCCUCGCUAAAUGCUACCAUUCAGUGUAUUGAGAGUGAGCUCAGCCAACAGGACUCAGCACUCUUUUUACUGAAUCUUCCGGCAACUAGGAAAAGAGCUAACUGCGCUCCUCAAGAUCCUGAGGCUGUCUCUGCUGUGAUUAAUGUGGGUCACUAUGUGGGAUCUUUACAGUACAAAGUCUGGAAGAAGAUGUUGAACAUUAUCAAUACAGCCUCUGUGACCCUGGAUCCAAACACAGCAGCUCCUUGGCUCUCUCUGUCCGAUGACUUGACCGUGAUGGGAUAUAGCCCAAUCAAGCAGCAACUGCCAGACAACCCAGAGAGAUUUGACUCCUGUGUUUCUGUGCUAGGAUUAGAGGGAUUCACUUCAGGAAGGCAUCACUGGGAUGUGGAUGUGAGGGGACAGAGCAGCUGGUGCUUAGGGGUAGCGAGGGAAUCCAUUAGGAGGAAAGGAAUCAUCAAAGUGGAUCCAGAGAAUGGUUUCUGGGCCAUUGGGCUGAUGGAUAGCAAUGAAUGCUACGCAUGUACUUCACCUUGGCGCACGGAACUCUCUAUUAAUCCCACAAUCAUCCGAGUUUACCUGGAUUACAAAGCCGGAAAGGUCUCCUUCUAUAGUCUUGAAAACAUGACCCUACUUUAUACCUUCACAGACUCAUUUACCGAGAAGCUUUAUCCCUACUUCUGUCCGUACCUAGUCCUAGAUGCUAAAAAUGUUUCAGUAAUGAAAAUCUAUCCUCAGAAGGUGGUUUUACAGGAUUAAUACCAUUAAACAGGACACAAUGAAAGGCACUAUCGAAAGAGAUUCCGCUCGCAGUACUUGUUGGUAUUCCAUGUGCCGACAGGUCCAUACAUUCAUUUAAAGUCUCCCUUUGUCUUGGGAAUGAUGAUGAUCUGAAAUGUAUUCUUCCUGAUUAUCAAAUCAGUAACCAAUGUAAGUACUUUCUCCCAAUUCACCUAAUCGGAACCCUUCAAAAUUUAACCUUCGUUGUUCUAAAGAAAAAACCCAUUUUCUCUAAUCUCUUCUCAUAAUUAAAAGCUCUCACACUGCAAUCACCUUCUCCAAUGUCCUUUCCUAAAGUUAGACACCCAGAACUGGACACAAUAUUCAAACUGUGGUCUAACCCAUGACUUGUAUGACCUCUUUGAGUUUGCACUCUAUGUCCUUAUUUAUAUCAUGUUUGAGUGAAGUAUUCUAGACAGGGUUGUAAUAUCUUCCUGUCUUCAGAGGUCAUUUGACAGGAAUCAAUAUUAGCUAAUGUGAGACAUCUGCUGGCAAAAUGAGGUAAUGUAAUUGGUUAUAUCAGAAGAACAGGAGGAGGCCAUUCAGCCCCUCCGGAUUUUCAACAAUUCAGUUCAUGGCUGAUCUGUAACUCAACUCCAUUUACCCAACCCCCCUAGAUGUUCUUGAUAACCCUACCCAACAAAAAAUCUAUUGAUUUCAGUCUUGACAAGCCUUCCAAUCUGAACUGUUUCCUGAGAUAAAAGCAAACUCCUGGGGAUGCUAGAAAUCUGAAACAAAAACAGAAAAUGCUGGAAAAACUCAGCAGGCCUAGCAGCAUCUAUGGUAUGGAGAGAAAAACAAUCCUCAUGACCCUUCUUCAGAGCUCUGCUUUUGAACGGUUUCCUAUAUUGUUUCAUUUGUCAGUUCUUGCUCUCAGGUUUUCUGCUCCCAUUCCGAAGAUGAUGAGUCAUCUUUAAACAGAGAUUCCGAUUCCCCUACAUUGCCCUGUGUUAGUCUCAGCAGGGAAUUGUUGUCAGGGCUGUAUGACAUGAAGCUAUUACUGUAUAUAAUAUUAUUGGAAAAGAUUUUUCUUUUAAAAUAGUGGUUUAGUCUGUGGGUAUGUCUUAAUUAGAUUAAAGCCAGUUAGUCUGGGUGUUUUGAUGGGUACUAGUUUUGAUAUGUAAGAGAGGAAGCAUGCAUUUGCAUUUUUUGAAUAGAGCAUCCAAAAAAUGGGGUGAAAAAUUUACCUUUCUAGCAGCUACCAAGCAAUAUGUUUAUAUUACUAAUAAAACUGAUACUGUGAAAUGGGUUUUAUUGUUAGAGAGGUUUAGUUCAGAG